CCCGAUCAUUCUUGUAAUAAUCUAAAUCUAACUCUCUCUCUCUCUCUCUCUCUCUCUCUCUCAAACUGUCUAAAAAUCCAAAAGCAUCUCUUUUUCAAUCAAUCGUUCCCCCAUUUCAGGAAAUAGAAUGGAAGUUAAAGGAAGAACUCGCAGCACCACCGUUCAGAUCAGCGAGGACGAGAUGGACCUUAGGAGAGGUCCCUGGACUGUUGAUGAGGACUUCACCCUCAUCAAUUACAUUGCGAAUCACGGCGAGGGUCGCUGGAAUUCCCUUGCUCGUUGUGCCGGUUUGAAACGAACUGGAAAGAGCUGCAGAUUAAGGUGGCUCAACUAUCUUCGACCCGAUGUUCGUCGUGGAAACAUCACCCUAGAAGAACAGCUUAUGAUUCUUGACCUUCAUUCCCGUUGGGGAAACCGAUGGUCUAAAAUUGCACAACACUUGCCGGGACGAACUGACAACGAGAUCAAGAACUACUGGAGAACUCGUGUCCAAAAGCACGCCAAGCAGCUGAAAUGCGACGUGAACAGCAAGCAAUUCAAGGACACCAUGCGUUAUCUUUGGAUGCCAAGGUUGGUCGAGCGCAUUCAAGCCGCUGCAACCGCUCCCACCAGUACCUCCACCGUGCAGGCUGGCGCCAUCAAUGGAACUUCUUCCAUCGGCUCAGCCACCUCCAGCAUCACUUCUACCAAUACCAAUCACCACCUAAUAAACAAUAAUAACCUUGACAUCCACGCGGGCCAGAUGGUUUUGCCACCAGCAGGGUUUAAUAAUAUUGGCCAACGUGACUUUGGGGGUACUGCACAGAUUACUCCGAGUUACACGCCGGAGAAUUCUAGCACGGGGGCCUCAUCGUCGGACUCUUACGGGGCACCUCAGAUAUCACCGGUAUCCGACUUGACUGAUUAUUACAACAUCCCGGUUUGUAACAACCCCAGUCAGGAUUAUUUCCCGGUCGGGUACCCAGACCAGAGCUUAACUAGCCCAUCUGGAAAUUACUUCAACACCGGAUUACUGGGUUUGCAAGCUAUGGAGCAGAGCAACCAGUGGGCGCUGGACGGUGCGGACACGUCGGACAAUUUGUGGAAUGUUGAGGACACGUGGUUUUUACAGCAGCAGCUCAACAACAUGAACAGCCUUUGAAACGCGGAAGUGAAUGGAUGUAAUUUACGUACGUACGUACGUCAUUUAGCGUAACAAAAAAAACAGAGAAAUCAGAAAGGCAUGGGAGAAAGAGAACAAAUUAGAAAUUAAGAAUUAUGAAAUUAAUUAGAAUAAUUCUAAUUUAGGAUACAUGUAGAUUUAUGAAAGACGAGAACAGAGAGGUCUAAUUGUGAAUUAUUCAGUUUGUAUCUUUCUGUUUUUUUUUUUUUUUUUUUUAAUUUAUUUUCUACAUAUUGGGGUGGGGAAAUUUGUAAUUUGAGGUGCCUUUUUCUUUUUUUGCAAUCUAAUUCUUUGAAAUAAUCUACCGUGUGUUUGUUUGUAA